AUGAAUGCUGUGCUGGGGUACGACCAGCCAUUGACUACGGAAAAACUGUCUACCGUGGACAUUCUGGAACUUGGGGAAGUUUCGCCACAACUGCGAAUUGUUCGAUUGGACUCAAACGAGCUGGUGGCUCUUGCUUGUUUCAAGCCGAGCUUCAACAUCAAGAUCAAACCAAAUGACCAUAUCCAUUUGGGAAACGCAUAUUACACCAUUUCGUUACCUGAAACCAAUCUCAAAUGCUACUAUCGCUGGAACGGUGCAAACUUGCGGUUUUUGAAAAUGGACUCAUACAGUCUGUACAGAUGGUUAACCUGGACAGAGUAUCUCAGCUCUGGGUUUGGUUUUGGUUCUUUUGAGUUGAGCUUGACGAAGUUCUCGUUGUCAGCUUGUGAGCCUGCGAUCACCAACGUGGGCAGCAAUUCCGUGAUAUCUUUCUCUGUGAGGAUCGGGUUGAAAGUGGACAGGAUGUGCAAAAUAGUGUUGGUUCGACGACUGAACACCUCAGUCUCGGAAGUUAGUCCGUCAUGGAACUCGGCGGAUUGCAAGAUCAACUCGACCAGCUCGGCGAUCUCCCGCGACGUGACCAGAGUUCCCUGGGCCUGUUUGGUAAGCAGAUGGUUCUGCACCUUAUCCAAAGGACACGCUUUUGGGUUCUCCAGAUGGAGUCUCUUGAGCUGGUCGAACCCGACCUGGGAAUAG